CGAGCGGUAACUGACAGCGCGCGUGCUCUCUUCAUUCUACUAUAUUUCACUAUGAUGGAUACUGACGAACCGUGCCAAGUCCUUAACGGCAUUUAAAGAAAUGAUGCAUGAAUCCGUUGCAUCACUGAGCAUUACGACAACCAUGAACCAGUCUGUGAACCAGUCUGUGAACUUGCCCUGCGAACUGCCAUACAAGGAAGACCGGAUUCCUCUAAUGGUGCUUUACAUUGUUGUUUUUGUCAUCGGCUUGCCAGCCAACCUGGUCACCGUCUACCUGACCCUAUACCAAGUGUGUCAUAAAAACGUUUUUGCCAUCUACCUGCUGAGCCUUUCCGUGUGCGAUCUCACCUACCUGUUUACGCUGCCCGUGUGGGCCGUGUACUUCAACAGAUACCACGAGUGGCCCUGGAGCUCUGCGGCUUGCAAAGUGACCGGCUAUGUUUUUUUCAACAACAUGUACAUCAGUAUAUUUCUGCUGUGCUGCAUUUCCAUCGACCGCUAUAUGGCGGUGGUUUAUGCUAUUGAAUCCAGGUUUCACCGGCAUAAAAGGAUCGGUGCAUUCGUAGCCAUUUUAGCCUACCUGUUGGUGGGCUUAGUUCACCUGCCCGUCUUUAUCAUGCGGGAGGGGGAUGCAGCCAAGGGCAGUCGUCGCUGCUACGAACCCGGCGAGAGUAUGCCAACUGUAACAGGAUUCAACUACGCCCGCUUCUGCAUCGGGUUUUGUGUCCCUCUGGGCAUUCUGAUGUUCACCAACAGGUCUAUUCUUGCCAACGUUCAGGCCAGAACAGGACUCCUCCCCCAACAGAAAAAAAAAGUUCGCUAUCUGGCUGUGGCAGUCGUGGCUUUGUUUUUGGUUUGCUUCGCUCCUUACCACAUUAUCUUGCUUAUACGUGCCAUUACCUACCACUUCCUUCAGAAACAAGAUGAGUGCGACUUUCAGCGGAGUGUCUACACGUUCUACAAAAUCUCACUGGGUCUGUCCACUUUGAACAGUGCCAUUAACCCCAUUCUCUACGUGCUCUCAAGUAAUAACUUCCGGAAGGAGAUCCGAAUAAGCAUGGAAGCACUCUGUAACAGAAUGAGUCGACCAUCAACACCCAGUAGUCAACAUAACACGCACAGUUCGAAAAGCAAUUCAGGACCUGUUCCCACAAAGGGAGAUGAAGUGAACGCAACUUGUCCCAUUUCAUGCUAAAAGUAUUCAUUAAUUUGUCAUGUGUUUGCUUGAUGCUUCAGCAGACCUUCAGAGUUUCUAUGACAUUCAGUUUUGUUAGACAACAACACUUUUUGAGGUAGCUUGAAAUGAGACACUGAUCAUAUAUCACUAGGUAUUUUUUUACUUUCAUAAAAAACUUUUU